AUGCCAGCGAUUUGGCGGCCGAACGUGAGAGAGACCCUCGACGAGGAUGGUGAAGUCGAGGACACGGAGAGUGGGGGAGGGGAGGUGGCGAAGCAGGGGACGAAGCGGAAGAGAGCCCCUCCCACGAAGGGGCCAUGCGAGCACGGGGUGAAGUAUCUGUCGAACUGCAAGGUGUGCAGCGCUUGUCCGCACGGUCGUCGGCGCUCUCGGUGCAAGGAGUGCGGUGGGGGCUCCAUCUGCGAGCACGGUCGUCGGCGCUCUCACUGCAAGGAGUGCGGUGGGGGCUCAAUCUGCGAGCACGGUCGUCAGCGCUCUCAGUGCAAGGAGUGCGGUGGGUCUCAAAUCUGCGAGCACGGUCGUUUACGCUCUACGUGCAAGGUGUGUCGCGCCGCGAAUUAA